CUCCUGGACUCAAGGGAUCCAAUUGCCUUGGCCUCCCAAAUUGCUGGGAUUACAGGCGGAGCCGUUGUACCUGGCCAAGAAAGCAUCUCUUAUAAGCUGUUUUUGGUCAAGGAGCAAAUAGGAAAGUGUCCCAGAAUUUGGGAGAUCAGGAAUGUAAUCCCAGCCCUGCUUCUGAACAGGAUGGUGCAUUCUCUUCAUGGCUGUGCUGCGGGCUCCUUGGAUGUGGAAUGAGGGCAGUUGAAUUGCUUGUUGCCGAGGUUCUCUCCAUUUCUAGAAGACUGUUGUAAGUCAGAGUCAAAUAAUCAUUCAUUCAGUUAUCCAACCAAUAUUCAUCGUAGAACCUAUGUGUAGUCCUGUCUAAUGUAGGUGGUGCUACGCCACUUCCUGCCAUGGCUGCCGAGGCUCACGCGAGGCUGGCACUUGGCACAGAGUCAUGUCCCUUUUCUUGACUCAGUAACUGUGGAAAAAGGUGAGGUAUAGGAAGGGGGGGCAUAGGCCUUAGGGGUUAAGCAGGCUUAGGUGGCAGGAUCUAGAGGGUUGGAAUGAUGGAUUCAGAGUCCAAUAGAAAACAUGAAACUCUAGGGGAUUAGAAUUGAUCCCUUUCUCUGUUUCCUCAGUCUUGGGGGACUAGACUGUGUUAGUUGUCUUGAAUUAAAUGGAGCAGGGAUUUUUUUCACUUCUGUAAGUCCAGAGCUUAUCAUAAGCAACCAGAGGUAAUUCAAUAGUAGUUAAUAUUUCAUUAACCCUCACUUCUAAAAUUAUAAAGCUAGAAGUGGAGGUCUUUAACAUAUAUAUCAGUCAGGCUGCGGAGUAAGUUGGAAAGUUGCAUUUUAUUCCUGUGUGUUUACGUAUGGCAGUGCACAUAAACCCAGUUUUGUUUCUUUUUCUUUGAUUAGUAACAGUUGGGCACAAUGUGUCCAACCCACCCAGUGUUAAGUCACUUAGAGUGAGUUGAUUUCCUUGAAAAAAGGAAUCUUUUCAAGGAUGUCAAGUGGCUUCUCGUGGUCUUCGUGAGGCUCUGGAGUCAGGCACAAUACCUGGUUACCCUGGGACCAUGUACAGUGAGCCUGGGCUGCCGGAUGCCGCUGGUGGGCCCUCUGCCCGCUGCUGCAUCCCCAAGCCCUCUCCUGUCUCAUUGUUUUCCCUUUUCAGGAAUAGAUUCCACUAGGGACCUGCUCCCUCCAAUUUCUGUCAUUUGAGGUGAGGUUUUGUGUGGGUUCAUCUGACUGGCUGAGUGCACCCUGGCUGUGAGAACAGGAAAUAGAAUUCUGGCUUUUGUCUUAGGGAUGUCCCCAGGUAGAGAGAGGGGAUUCAAAAGAUGCUGGGGAGCUACAGAUGUGACCUCUGACCUCUACAUGAAGAAUGGUGGGAAACAGCGUUAAUCUACACAUUUCACUUGGUUUAGACCUAAGCAUAAAUAGCAUGAAGUCAAUCUAAACAGAGGUUAGAGUUUCCAGAGACUUCAGCACCCCGGCUGCACUUAAACAGCAAUUAUUUGACUCUUUACGUCCCCUCUAUUCUAGAUAUGAAUGAAAGUAGUCACAUCAAAUGCAUAUUUAUUAGUCUUGGUCAUUUUGAAUUUGAGUCCUUUACAUACUAUGUAUUUAUGUACCCAGGAGCAGAGCAGGUUAAAAGUGACAUCUUCUGACUUCUACUCUGGAAUUUUUUCCCUCUGCACUUUUUGGUGUCACGUAGUAGAUGUUUUCACCCACAUGCAGGUGAAUGAGUGACAUAUUUAUCUCGUUCAUAGUGAAGCUUUCUAUUCUUUAAUUUUAUCCCUCUAAUGAAACUGUGAGGAAUUGAUUAUAUUUACACAGAAAGGGCUGGUGUCACGUGAACCUACAGGAAGUCAUUGAGCACAUGCCUGUCCCGCAGAACUGACAUAUAGCGUCCUGUGCAGCUCACCUUGAAUUCUCCAUGCACGAAUUAGCCAUAGGCGCGUGUUGUGUGUGGCACAGGCAAGAAGUGCCUGCUAGAUUUUAGUUCUGUUUAUCGCUGGAAGCACUUGCUGUAGGAAAAGUAAGGUUUUUUUUCCUUUAUUUGACAAUGAUUUUGAGCUAUGCUGUAGACUGGAAAAGGCAGGCUUUGAUUCGCCAGACACUGCUUGCUAUGUGUGAAGCCGGGAUAGGGCGAUGCUGUUGGACAGAAGACCUACCUGCCCUGUGUGCCUUUUCACACUGCAUCGAGAAUUUAUCUAGAUGAUUUCCUGGGCUUAUUGAUCGUUGAAGGAAACAAUGCAAAUUGCAAGUUGUGAUCAAAUAAUGCUUUGAGUGUUCACCUUUUUAGAAUGCUCUGGGAAAAUAUGGGCGGAAAAUAAACCGCAGGAAAGGCAUUCUAAGGCGGUUUUGUUUUGUUUUAAACAGCUACCAUGAAAUGCACCCUCUGUAAGAGGACAAUUCAGUGAUUUUCUGAAUGUCUGAGUUGUGCGGACAUCACCACAGCCUAGUUCUUGAACACUCCCGUCACCCCAAAUGCUCCCUGUGCUUGUCUACAGUUGAUUCGCGCUCUCAGCCCAGCCACCGGCAACCACUCAGGCAGCCCGCCUGCUCUUUCCACAUGUGCCUUGCAGACGUUUCACAGGAAGCAACUCAUGUCCUGUGUAGUUGUUUGCAUCAGGCUUUCACUUAACAUGUUUUUCAGGUACAUCUGUGUUGUAGCACGUAUCAGUAGUUUGUUCCUUUUACUAGUAUUGGCAUAGCAUGUUCGUUUAUCCUGCUCGAGCGAUGGACUUUGGGUUGUUUCUGCAUUUUGGCCGUUAUGAAUCAUGUGACUUUGAACAUUAGCAAGCAUGUCUGCGUGUGGAUGUGUAUUUUCAUUUCUCAUAGGUAGAUUCCUAGGUGUUCAUAGGAGCUUCGAAAUGGAGUUUAAGACAGAAGUCUUUGUUUGAUAUUGAUAAUGCUAGCAAGGGCCAUUUAUUUGGUUUCAGAUGGCUUGCUCUUGAAGUCUGUCUCUGUGAGGUGCACUGUGCUUCUUGAAUUGUAUGAACCUAUUUCUUCUAGGAUGAAAUAUGGUUAUAAUGUGGAGCAGUGGCUAUUAGCAUUUCUUAAGAUGACCACCCUUUGUUGGUGCACACUAUUAGGUUCUCAACAGAUGAGUUCUUCCCUGGUGUUUGAUGUUUUCCCCCCAACUUAUCAGAAGAGGAUGUCAAUGAAGUACUGUUGGGCAUAUUCAACCUACAACACCACAUAAACACUUACCCUUUGACCCAGCAAUUCUACUUCUAGGAAUCCUUCCAGAAGAUAGACCUCCAACAAUAUGAAAAUGCGCUGGGAAUAACCUAAAUAUCCAUAUGCAGGAGAAGGUUGAGUAAACUCUGGUAUAGCCACACAACCACAUCCACUGUUGAGGAUGACCUCUGUGAAUUGGUUCGAGGUGGUUUUCAGGGCACGCGGAUGUGAACAAGGCAAAUGCCAAAGAACAUCUAAAUGCUGCCCUUGACGUGACAAGAAGGGGAUGCAGGAAAACACAUGCUCCCUGCACACUUGUGCAGAGGAGAUACGGGAGGGCAGAGCCAGAAACAAAAGAGAUGGCGACUGCAGAGGGCGAGGGGACGGAGGAGGAGUGGGUGCCGGGUCGUAGGUGGGGGGCAGUGCUGCUCUCAGUACACCUUUUAGUGUGGCCCAGCUGCUGAAACCAUAGCAGUACUUCAUACACUCCAAAGUAAAAUAGAUGGUUAGUAUCAGCAAGGAUGUGGGGGACUCAAAAUGAAAUAUAAGCCGAAAACACACAUUUCACUGUAGUAUAAAGCGGCAGAGCCACAGUGAAGGGGGUGGAAAGGCAAGUGUUAACCUUAUUUGGGAAAAUGAUGUGUUGACUGGAUUUUGUGAGACUGAAGAGAACUGUACAAAAUAGAAGUAAAUUUUUUUCUCAGUGUUAAUGUUGAGCAGUGUGAAACGACUUCAUGUGUAUGUGGGGAUUGAACAAGUAAGCAGACUCAUAGUAGAUAAUGAGAGCCAGGCUUCUCACUGUCCCAGGAAGAAGUUACAAAUAAGGAAAGGAAGAUGGCAGAGGGAGCCCGUGCUGUUGGAUUGGAUUCAGGUGUCAGUGUGACCCUGUGGUCUUUAAUAUAUGCACAUACCACACAGAAGUAAAUAUAGGUGUACACAUUACAUGCAUGGGUUAGUGAUGUACCUACACAUGCAUCUCCUAGCUUUCUCCGUUGGGAAGACCUAGAAGCGAUGACUUCCAGCAACAGGUAGCACAUCUAAGUAUCAGUUGCCGAUAAAAAUAAGCAGGGCUCCUUGCAGAAGAUGAGUCUGGAAGCUCUGAUGAUACUGGAAAUAAGGAAGUGCCCAAAAAGGAUGCGGUGUGUCAGAGGCACAUAAGCAACCGGGAGGAGCCCCAUGGCCAAAGCGGGGUCAGUUUGAGCAAGGAAAUGUGUAAUGAUAGUAUAGGUGUAUAAUCUAUAGAACAAAGUCAGUAUCACUACCUAUUGAUAUAAGAAGACAUUGAAAAAAUGAGGGAGAAGGGGCAUCUCUUCCUGACAGAAACAUUCCAAUUAAUUGGUGUAGGAGCAGUGAGAAAGUAGAAAAUCGCCUUCAGGCAGCCAGCACUACAGAAAUAGUUAACUUCAGGCAAGUUCCGCGGGAGAAUGCUGAUUAGUGGGCCAGAGUUUGGAGAGAAACAGGAUAUUUGCCUAGUCUCGAAGUAUCUCUUCCUCAAGUUGUUUAUUUAUUAAAAAGGGAAAAAUAGUAACUUUAGAAUGGAGGAAGCCAGCAGAUACCACGUCACCCAGGCGAUCAAGAUCAGCAUCACCUGACGAGACAAGUUGCCAUCAUAUGCAGCCCCACACCACAAGCCGUGCGCUCUCUCAGGGACUCCUGCCACAAAUGCACAAUCACAGUCUAGUCAUGGGGGAAUAUCAGACGGUCCAGUAGAGGGACAUCCUGCAAAAUACCUCAUCAGUGUUCUUCAGAAGUGUCCAGGUCAUGAACACUGGAAACACUGAGGAUUGGGCUCAGCUUAGAGACCCGAUGACUAACUGUGGCCUGUGAUUCUGGGCAGAAUCCUGGAACAGAAGCUGGUAUUGGUGGAGAAACCACCGAAAUUCAGAUGAGGUCUGUGGAGUAGCCAAUUGUAUUGUGCCAGUGUUUAUUUUCUGAUUUCGAUAUGUCCUCCCAGCUCACAACAUAUAGAUCUGUGAUUGAUACAUACUUCUCCUCAUGCUCACAACUUACAAAUCUAAGAUUUUAGAGGAAGCUGGGAGAAGGACAUAGGGGAACUCUCUGUACUAUUUUUCAGCCUUCCCAUAAGCCUAAAAUUUCAACAUAAAACAUUGAAAAAGAAAGCACAUAGCCAAAUAUGAUGGGAGAAUGGCAGAAAUGGCAGGGCCAGCCACUACCUCGGUUUCUUCCCAUGUGAAAGUGUUUACCUGAUUUAUCUUGGUCUUUGGAUUUGGUCGAUUUUUUUUUUUCUAAAAGAAAUUUUAAAUAUAGUCAAAUUUAUCAGUUUUUUUCCUUUAUUGCUUUUCGGUUUUGAAUCCUAAGAAUACUUUCCCUACUUCAAUAAUCAUAUUUUUCUUUAAUUUCUUCUAAUAGAUUUUAUUUUGUUUUUCACAUUUAGCAUGUUGAUCUAUAUGAAAUUUGUUUUUGUACAGUUUGAAGUUGGGAUAUUUUUUCAAUUGGCUAAUCAUUUGCCUUAGUCAUUGAGUAGUCUGCCCUUUGCCCAAUUAUCAGAAAUAUCACCUUUAUCCCUACUAAAUGCUUUCUUUCAAUGACAUUUCAAAUGGCUUAUUAUUCUUGUGUGGAAAAGUGAUUGGUUUUUGUAUGUUGUGUCCACAGCUCGUCAUUUGUGUCUCAUGUUUUCUAGAUAGAGGAUCCUUUUGGGAACAUGCAUCUUCCUAAGCUUUGUACUUCCCCUGUAUUAAUUGGCUAGGACUUCUGGUACUGUGCUGAGUGUAGUGUUUGGAUCAUAGUGAUGGCUAGCAGGCUGCCUCUCGUUCUUGUCUUUGGUGUGAAUCCUUCCAGUAUUUCAUCCUUAAGUGUGAUAUUACUCUAGUUGUUUUGUAUAUACCCUUUAUCUUGUUUAGCAUGUUACCUUCUCUUCCUGGUUUGCCUGAGAGUUCUUUUAAAAAUAAUCUUUAUCAUGAGUGGCAGUAGAAUUUUACCAUAUGUGCAUCUGUUGAGAUGAUCACAUGGUUUUCCCUCCAGUCUGUUAAUAUAGCAAAUUUCAUUAAUAGAUUUCCUGAUAUUAAACAUUCCUGCAUUCUGGGGAAAAUCCUACUUUUAACACAGUGCAAAAUUAAAAUUGCUAUUUAUUUUAAUACCUUCAAUUUUUUCUAAAUGAGUCUCUCCCCAGCCCUACCUCCAGCCUUUUCAUUUUUGUCACGUGGUUUACAUGUUGUAGUAGCUACAUAGUGGUGUAAGUGCUUAACACCUGGCUUUUGGUGGCAAGGAGGGGUGGGAAUGUGUGGAAACCCCUGAUUUGUAGCAUUUGCCAAUGUCCAAGGUAUAAAUGUCUCUACCAUGCCCUAUUUGAAGCUACCAAUGAGCUGUCAACUGGUUUACAAAAUGCCUGAAAAUGUGACAGUCUUCUCUUCUCUCCUGAACGGGUGUAAUACGCACACCAGUGGGGCCUGCGUGUGCAUCCUGGUGACUCUCAUGUCUGUGAGCACUCGCGCAGCCAUCCCCGGGACCAACCUGGAGGCUUCCUGGCACCUGUGCCGUUCAGCCUCCUACCCUCCCCAGGAGGACCCAGGAGGGCCCCGGUUCUGACCUCUCUCCACCUUUGUUCUCACUUGGGGAUUUAAUACCUUGUUUGUUUUCACGUCAUCCUGGUUUUCUCUUCUGUGCACAUACAGCUCUACGGUUUCCCGCCAAGAACUGCCUUGGCCACCUCAUUUAUAGAUAGCAAAAUACAGGGUUUGUAAUGAUUUUUAUUGAAAAAUUGAGCAUCUGAUUAUUAUUGUGGCACUGGCUUUAUUAAACAAUGUAGGUUCUGUGAUAACUUUUCUUAAAUGUGGGGCAUUGCUGCCAUCUUAUAUUCAUGAAGUUCAUCAACUUCGUUCAUCUAAACUGACGUUUUUCAUUCAUGUGUUUAUGCAAUCAUUGAAUAAAUAUUUUUUGAGCACUUUGGAUACCAAAGGUAUAGCAGUGAAUGAAAUAACUCAGUCCCUUUCUUCACAGAGCAUAUGUUCUGCUAUGUCUUUAAGUCACGUGUUUUUUCUAUUUGACCGUCCUUGCCAAUUUUCCCCUAACUCAGACAUCCACUUGCCUUUGCUCCUGGUAUUAUCUUAAAUCAACUCUAAAUCAAUCCGAUUUCUUCCACUGCUUUAGUACUAGUUGAUGUUUGGCUUAACUACUUAUAUAAUUAUUUCUGCUUUUAUUGAAUUCUUAUGAUGAAAAGACAAGAGACUUGAAUCUGGUGAUUUUUGCUUUAAAAGGUUGAUGAUGAAAGGGUUGUAAUAGCACAGUUUGGUGAAAUGGCACUGUUGUGUUGCGUGAACUGUCAUCACUUAGUGAGGAGCAGGAGAUUAGCUUACAGUUUUCUACUAUAGUUCUGGACAUCAUGAGACCUUAUUCCCCACCAGCAUGGUCUCUGUCUAUGGCUCAGAGGGAGAGCAGUAGGGAUAUGGGGUGCUAUUCACAGCCUUGCCUGGGUGACUGUGUCUUCUGGCAGCUUAGUGGCUCCCGGGGCAGGAUCCUGGUCACCAGCAUCCUACAGCAUUGCCACACGUUUGCUGAUGUUCUGGUGUCCUGUGGAGUAGAGCUCCUUGUUCUCCUGUGGGCCACAGUCCAGGGAGACCUGUGGGCCACAGUCCAGGGAGAGCGGGGGUUUCCCUGUAGGAGGAGGAGCUGGAAGACUCCAGAUCGAGUUUAACCGUGGGCUAGGCUGGGAAAUUUGGAUGCAGGCCAGUGGACCUCAGAAAUCCAUCUGUUCAUCUUUCUGCUAAACUGAUUUGGAUUUCUGCUUUUUAAAUCCUUUGCACAAUUAAUUUGUCUUUAGUAUGAAAAUCAGUGUUUUAUUUUUAGUAAGGGAAAAUAAUUCUAUUUUAUUUAUUUGGAACAAUUUAAAAGACCCUAGAGAUCAAUAUCCUUCCUCUUUCAUUUCCUAGAGGAGGGUGUAGAGGAGCAGUGUGUGUGACAGGCACAGCGGGACUGACCUUUGCUUCUGGGCCUGGAUCACCAUGUCUGGAGAGUGAUGCUUUGGAGGAAGUAUGGGUCACUUUGCUCCUGGGCCGUUGGUUCAGAAGGUGCAGACUUGCCCGGAGCUGAGCUCCAGUGCUAGCAGCACAUUCCCUCUCCUUGCCCUGAGCCUGCAUGGCAGCCUUCUUCAUCAGCUGGAAUCUCUGUUGAGGAUGGAGAAAAAUCUGUGGUCCUUUUGUUUACUUGGUGACUUUCUGACCUCUCUCUUUCCUCAAUCUCUCUACUGCAUUACAACUGGCUGAUGAGAGAGAUUUAAAAAAUAAACAUAAACAAUUUUUAUGGAAAUAUCUGUUAUCUGUUAUUUUUGAUAUAGUUAUACCCUUGGAAUUUACUCUUACCUUCCGGUAACAGUUGUGAGGACCAAAUCUUAAUUCUAGUAGGUGACCUUUAAAUCUUAGAAUCAGGAAUUCAGCUUUAGUUAAAAGUUAACUUUUUCCCUAUUAUUGUGCUCCUGUUGGAUUUUUAAAAAUGGAUACAUUCUAUUUAUUGGUAUUUACAAGUCAUUUGACUAGACUUAUACUAAUAGUAUGACACAGGAAAACCAAAACAUCUUUUUGUAAAUAUUGAAGUAAUGAACAAUAUUAGGGAUUGUUCCAAAACAGAGAAGACAACGCAGAGGAAAAUCAGUCAAGCUCUUUAUAGCUUAAAUCUAACCCUUUACCUGAGUAAUAAUUUAAAAAACUGUUUUAUAAAUCAAGCCUCCCAUUCCUGUAAAAUAGGAGUGAUUCAUCAUCACACAUUUGUACUUAAAUUUUUUUUUCUUGAUGGAGCCCAAGUCUUAAAGAUGUCAAAACUAGUAUCAUGUUCCAUUUUCUAAAGUCGAGGCUAUCUCAGUCCCAUUUCUAUAGCCAACAGGGUAAUCUGUUACUGGGCCCUGAAACCCUUCUGAUGAGUCUCAGCUUAUACCCCACCCCACCCCCCUGAAUAUUCACACAAUAGGCACAGUGAAAACCAGGAAAUUCGUCUCUGAAAUAAGCAGCCUCCAGAGGAAGGAAGCAGCUCGGCUGCUGCCCAUACUGCGCCUGGACCUCGGCCCCCGGCAGUUGGCUUCAGGAACCGCCUACCAAGGAAGGAAGCAGCUCGGCUGCUGCCCAUACUGCGCCUGGACCUCGACCCCCGAGUGGAGUCUUUCAAGCUAUCAUGGAGUGCUUAAGGGGCGACUGAAGGAGAUUGAUGCUGGCCAACUGCAGAGUUCUAGUUACUUCAGUCCUGCUGAGAUAUCCUCUCAGUCCACUCGCACUGAAGGAAGCUGCCUUGGGAUCAGAGCAGACAUAAAGCUAGACAGAUUUCAAGACAGAAACAGUCUCCGCCAGUCAAGAAACCCUCAAAAGUAUUUUGCCAUGGAUAUAGAAGAUGAAGAAAACAUGAGUUCCAGCAGCACUGAUGUGAAGGAAAACCGCAAUCUGGACAACGUGUCCCCCAAGGAUGGCAGCACCCCUGGGCCUGGCGAGGGCUCUCAGCUCUCCAAUGGGGGUGGUGGUGGCCCCGGCAGAAAGCGGUCCCUGGAGGAGGGCAGCAAUGGCCACUCCAAGUACCGCCUGAAGAAAAGGAGGAGAACACCAGGGCCCGUCCUUCCCAAGAACGCCCUGAUGCAGCUGAAUGAGAUCAAGCCUGGUUUGCAGUACACGCUCCUGUCCCAGACUGGGCCCGUGCACGCGCCUUUGUUUGUCAUGUCUGUGGAGGUGAAUGGCCAGGUGUUUGAGGGCUCUGGUCCCACAAAGAAAAAGGCCAAACUCCAUGCUGCUGAGAAGGCCUUGAGAUCUUUCGUUCAGUUUCCUAAUGCCUCUGAGGCCCACCUGGCCAUGGGGAGGACCCUGUCUGUCAACACGGACUUCACAUCUGACCAGGCCGACUUCCCUGACACGCUCUUCAAUGGUUUUGAAACUCCUGACAAGGCGGAGCCUCCCUUUUACGUGGGCUCCAACGGGGAUGACUCCUUCAGUUCCAGUGGGGACCUCAGCUUGUCAGCCUCCCCGGUGCCUGCCAGCCUAGCCCAGCCUCCUCUCCCUGUCUUACCACCAUUCCCACCCCCGAGUGGGAAGAAUCCCGUGAUGAUCUUGAACGAACUGCGCCCAGGACUCAAGUAUGACUUCCUCUCCGAGAGUGGGGAGAGCCAUGCCAAGAGCUUCGUCAUGUCUGUGGUCGUGGAUGGUCAGUUCUUUGAAGGCUCGGGGAGAAACAAGAAGCUUGCCAAGGCCCGGGCUGCACAGUCUGCCCUGGCCACCAUUUUUAACUUGCACUUGGAUCAGACGCCAUCUCGCCAGCCUAUUCCCAGUGAGGGUCUUCAGCUGCAUUUACCGCAGGUUUUAGCUGACGCUGUCUCACGCCUGGUCCUGGGUAAGUUCGGUGACCUGACCGACAACUUCUCCUCCCCUCACGCUCGCAGAAAAGUGCUGGCUGGAGUCGUCAUGACAACAGGCACAGAUGUUAAAGAUGCCAAGGUGAUAAGUGUUUCUACAGGAACAAAAUGUAUUAAUGGUGAAUACAUGAGUGAUCGUGGCCUUGCAUUAAAUGACUGCCAUGCAGAAAUAAUAUCUCGGAGAUCCUUGCUCAGAUUUCUUUAUACACAACUUGAGCUUUACUUAAAUAACAAAGAUGAUCAAAAAAGAUCCAUCUUUCAGAAAUCAGAGCGAGGAGGGUUUAGGCUGAAGGAGAAUGUCCAGUUUCAUCUGUACAUCAGCACCUCUCCCUGUGGAGAUGCCAGAAUCUUCUCACCACAUGAGCCAAUCCUGGAAGGGUCUCGCUCUGUCACCCAGGCUGGAGUGCAGUGGUGCAAUCAUGGCUCACUGCAGCCUCGACCUCCUGGGCUCUUAAGCGAUCCUUCCACCUCAACCUUCCAAGGAGCUGGGAUCACAGAACCAGCAGAUAGACACCCAAAUCGUAAAGCAAGAGGACAGCUACGGACCAAAAUAGAGUCUGGUGAGGGGACGAUUCCAGUGCGCUCCAAUGCGAGCAUCCAGACGUGGGACGGGGUGCUGCAAGGGGAGCGGCUGCUCACCAUGUCCUGCAGUGACAAGAUUGCACGCUGGAACGUGGUGGGCAUCCAGGGAUCCCUGCUCAGCAUUUUCGUGGAGCCCAUUUACUUCUCGAGCAUCAUCCUGGGAAGCCUCUACCAUGGGGACCACCUUUCCAGGGCCAUGUACCAGCGGAUCUCCAACAUAGAGGACCUGCCACCUCUCUACACCCUCAACAAGCCUUUGCUCAGUGGCAUCAGCAAUGCAGAAGCACGGCAGCCAGGGAAGGCCCCCAACUUCAGCGUCAACUGGACGGUAGGCGACUCCGCUAUUGAGGUCAUCAACGCCACGACGGGGAAGGAUGAGCUGGGCCGCGCGUCCCGCCUGUGUAAGCACGCGUUGUACUGUCGCUGGAUGCGUGUGCACGGCAAGGUUCCCUCCCACUUACUACGCUCCAAGAUUACCAAGCCCAACAUGUACCAUGAGUCCAAGCUGGCGGCAAAGGAGUACCAGGCCGCCAAGGCGCGUCUGUUCACAGCCUUCAUCAAGGCGGGGCUGGGGGCCUGGGUGGAGAAGCCCACUGAGCAGGACCAGUUCUCACUCACGCCCUGACCCGGGCAGACAUGAUGGGGGGUGCAGGGGGCUGUGGGCAUCCAGCGUCGUCCUCCAGAACCUCACAUCUGAACUGGGGGCAGGUGCAUACCUUGGGGAAGGAGUUGGGGGACACAGGGGACCACUAGGUGUCCACGGUUGUCCCCAGCAUCUCACAUCAGACCUGGGGCAGAUGCGCAGUGUGGGGAGGGGAUGGGGUGUGUCGGGGCCCAGCAUCGCCGCCUGGCAUCUCUCUGCCGCAGCAUUUCCCCUUCUGAACCGUUCAGUGACUGCUUUCAAUCUCGGUUUACGUUUAGAAAUUGAGUUCUACUGAGUAGGGCUUCCUUAAGUUUAGGAAAAUAGAAAUUACUUUGUGUGAAAUUCUUGAAUAAAUAAUUUAUUCAGAGCUAGGAAUGUGGUUUAUAAAAUAAGUAAUUAUGUCAGGUCACUUUUAUGCCACAUUAUUUUAAUUGCAAGAAAAGCAUCUAUAUAUGGAGGAGGGUGGGAAAAUAGAGGUAGGAAGUAGUAGUCUAAAGGAAAUCGCCACACGUCUGUCUAAACUUAGGUCUCUUUUCUCCAUAGGUACUUCCCUGGGUAGUUUGACACACUAGGUUUUAACAGUCUCCCUGAGGAGCAGACUCCCAGCAUGAGGUAGCGUGGCCUUGUCACACACACGGGGCCCCGCAGUGGUGACUGUGUGUCCUGCAGAGUCGUGACCCAGGCCCCUGUAGCCCUCAGCCUCCUCUAGAAGCUUCUGUACUCCUUGUAGGAUCAGAUCAUGGAAAACUUUUCUCAGUUUACUUCUAAGUAAUCACAGAUAAAACAUGGCCAGUAACCCCAGGCUGGCCAUUCAUUCAGGUUUUUUAAAGGAUAUUUAACUUUUAUGGACUAGAAGGAAUCAGGAGGGCUACUGCACAAUACAUGGCCUAAGUUCCCUCUGUUCCUUCCUCCGAAUUGAAUGGAUGUGGAUGACUGUCCAAAGGCCUUCACAGAAUGGAAGUAGAAUGCUUUCAGUAGAUAAUCAUUCUUGGAAAAUGACAUAGCAGGCAUGUUUUUAAAUUAUUGUUUCCAGCUUUAUCAAAGACAUGUUUGAAAAAUAAAAAGCAUCCGAGUGAGAGCUGGUGUGACCACGUGCUGCUGGUAUAGUGUAGACCAGAUAUUGACGGUCCCGACAGAGGAGCUCAGGGCUGCCCAGCACCCAGAGUGCACGGGACAGCCCCACGAGAGAGGGAGCCAGCCCAGGAGGUCAGGAGCGUGGCGGGCCAGGGCCCUGUGUGGACCACCUCCACCGAGCUCAGAGAUUUGCACCCGGUGCCUUGUUGCCUCCGCUCAGGAUGAAAGAGGAGCCGAGAGAAGUGCUCUGCUCGCCAGUGCAGUGCCCAGCUCCAAGGCUCUGGACGGUGCUCAGGUGGGUCUCCUGGGGCCAUGGGCAGAGAUUGGUGCAGACUACCCUACAGCACACACCUGCCACAGUGAAAUCCAGGGUGUUGGCACCUGUAUGUCUGUGAUGGGCCUAGGAAACCAGAACAGGGGCAGAAGGGCAUCAUGCUCCCACCGGACGCUGGGCGCUCAGACCCAAAACCUGAAGCACUGUGGCUUUGGUGGGGGGUGUGCCUCCUGAUGUCGGGAGCCCUAUCCACGUGUGUCCACACAGAUCUCGUCCCAGCGUGGCAGGAAGAGGUGCUGCUUAGGGCUCAUCGUUGGGGACGUGACCAGGUUCAGAGGCUAGAACAUCUGCCCCACACCAGCCUUCUCCUCUACCGAAGAGGGUAGUUGUCUCCCUGAAGCAGUCAGAGUGGGCGUCUCAGCCGCUCUGUCACCACAGUGGGGUCUUGUUUGGGCAGACGGUGCUGGGGUUCUGCACCUGCAGAGGGAGAGGUGUCUGUUGCCGCUGGCCUUCCCCCAAGUAGGCUCUUGCACACUCUAGAAAAAACACCUUGUAAGUCUGUGCAUUUUUAUUCUUGUCUUGAUAAAUUGUAUUUUUUUCUAAUGGGGAUUGGGAGAUGGACUAAGUUUUUAAAAAUAUGUGGAUUUUGGUUACCAA